CCGCCGAACCCACCACGAACCCGCCAGAGACUCCCGGAAGCAUGUCGUCGGAGCACAGCUUCAUGGCGACGUCGGCGCCCGCCCCGCCGCCGCCAGCGCUGGCCGCGCAGCCAGGCCUCCCUCCGAACACAAACGCGCAACCGCACUCGCAGACGCCGGGCCACCCGUCCUUCCGGCGACAGCGCGCAAGCAGGGCCUGCGAGACCUGCCAUGCCCGGAAAGUGCGCUGCGACGCCGCCAGCCUCGGGGUGCCCUGCACCAACUGCACCGCCUUUUCCAUCGAGUGCCGCAUCCCCACGCCCAAGCGCAAGAAGACGGCCGCGGUGAAGACGCAGGAUUCGCAGAGUGAAUUCGGCGAGGACGACCGCUCCCCCGCACCGAGCAGCGCCACGCCUGGCGAGCAGCAGCGCGACAAGACCACCGUGUACAACUCGCCCGACGGCACCCCCUCCACCACCGUCUCCCCGGCCUAUGCCGCCCAGCAGGCCGCCCACAAUGGCACCUACGUGCAGUUCAUGAAGCCCAAGUUCGCGCGCGCGCCCAUCAAAGACGCCGGCCGCGUCGCAUACUUGGGCGAGUCCUCCAACCUCUCCCUGCUGGUCCACGACCGCUAUGGGACCACCGACACGGUGCACUACCCGCUGCCCGAGAAUGUGCGCGGAGCCAAGGCCCGCGUGAACGAGCUGGACAACAUGGAAAUCGAGAUACUCCACCAACGGGGUGCGUUCCUGCUUCCCCCGCGAGCGCUGUGCGACGAAUUGGUCGAUGCCUUCUUCAAAUGGGUUGCUCCUGUGGUGCCAGUCAUAAACAGGAGCAGGUUCAUGCGACAAUACAGGGACCCAAAGAAUCCGCCCUCUUUGCUGCUGCUACAAGCUAUCCUGCUGGCGGGGUCGCGUGUCUGCACCAAUCCCCAGCUCAUGGACGCGAAUGGCUCGACCACGCCCGCAGCCAUGACCUUCUACAAACGCGCAAAGGCUCUUUUCGAUGCCAACUACGAAGAUGAUAGAGUGACCAUAGUGCAGUCUACCAUUUUGAUGGGCUGGUACUGGGAAGGGCCCGAGGAUGUCACCAAGAAUGUAUUCUACUGGAGCAGAGUUGGCAUCGUUAUAGCCCAGGGCUCGGGUAUGCAUCGGAGCGUUGAAGGCUCGCAGCUCAGCAAGUCCGACAAGCGGCUCUGGAAACGCAUAUGGUGGUCGCUCUUCUCGCGGGACCGCUCAGUAGCCGUGGCGCUUGGACGCCCUGUUGCCAUCAAUCCCGAAGACUCGGACGUUGAGAUGAUUACCGAGGACGACUUCAUCGAGGACGAGCCAGACCGACCCGCAGAGUAUCCGCCCGAUCCUGUACACGUUCACUUCUUCAUCAACUACGUAAAGCUCUGCGAGAUCAUGGGCCUGGUCCUCUCACAGCAAUACUCCGUCGCUUCCAAGUUCAGACGAAACGCUCUCGAUCUGACCCACAGCGAUAUGGCUCUCGCGGACUGGCUGCAGAAUUGUCCCCCUGAUGUGCAAUGGGACAAAUCACGGCACCAUUUCUGGGCGGCGUUGCUGCACUCGAACUACUACACCACGCUCUGCCUGUUACAUCGAGCCCAUAUGCCACCGGCUGGCUCCCCGAAAGCGAACAAUACCAACGGAUUCGACGAACACGCAUAUCCUUCUCGAACAAUCGCCUAUCAAGCAGCUGCCAUGAUCACCUCCAUCGUUGAAAACCUUCGCGCGCACGACGAAAUCCGGUACACCCCCGCAUUCAUAGUAUACAGCUUAUUCUCCGCCUUGAUCAUGCACGUCUAUCAAAUGCGCUCCUCGAACAAGUCGAUCGUAUCAGCUACGGAGCAACGGCUGCAAAUAUGCAUGGACGCGCUGAAGGAGGUUUCGAAGGUGUGGCUUGUGGCGAAGAUGGUGCAUACUCUGUUCGAAUCCAUCCUGGGCAACAAGCAUCUGGAGGAGCGCUUGCAGAAAGCUGCCGGCAAGCGACAUCAGAAGAAUAAACCCUCAAUGCCUCAGCCACCUCCAAAGCCCGCACAGGAAGCCGCGCAGAAGCGGAAGUUUGACGAUAUGGACUUCGGAGGCUUCCCACAAGUCAAUGGCCCUCCAGCCCCGCAGGUGUCCUAUGAGCGUUCGAGGCCACAGACACCUGCUGUAACACCUUCUCGAGAUCUGCCGCAAGUGCCACAAAUGCCACAAAUCACACAUGGGUCACCACAGAUGUCACGCCAGAACAAUGAUGCCUUCAUGGGUCCAUCGCGAUCUGGAACACGACCUACAACGCCAUUCAAUCCGUCGUACUCAUACCCUGGCACUCCUCCAGAUUUUUUCUUGGUUACACGCCAAUCUCCCAAUAUUUCCCAGGAGCUGUGGCAGAACUUCCAACCUGAUCAGCUCUUUCCUGCAGAGUCGAACCUCAGCAUCCAGCAGCAGUCGCCAUCGCAAAAUCAUAGUCUUGUCGACCCUGCAUUGUCGCGACCACAGACGAUGGCGAUGCAUCCGGCGAGCAACGACCCGAGCCAGCAAUCCAUGCCAUCCCAGCAGCCAAUGCAAGGGGGCGCGUCGAUGCCAGGCUUUGACCAUAACAACCCCCAAGCAUGGCAUCAGCAGAUGGACAUUAUGCAGCAGAAUCAGCAAAAUGCUUCAGCCGACGAUAACUGGAGCAAUAGCAGCAAUGGACGACAGAACCCCAUUGUGCCCACAACGUUGAACGUGGAAGACUGGUUCAACUUCUUUGGCUUCAACGGCAAUGGCGAGGGCGCAGAGACGUUCCAGAACGCACUAUACCACGCAGGCUUGCAGUAAUAUACCAGGUACAUUUUUCGCAUUGGCAGCUAUCUGCUCUGUCUCGAGCAUAUCGAGCAUAUGAUCUAGGUUCGAUUCCGCGGUUAGCUAUUAGCAGGGCGUUUUUCGAUGCAACAGAGCGGGGGUUUGUUCGUUUACACCUGGUUAGGUAUAACGAUAUAUGGAUGUACCCAAAGAGGCCGGUCUGGGAACAGGUUCUAUGUACUAUAUGUUUGUUGUGCAUGAUCAGUCUUUGAGCGUUGUACCAAGCGUACACUAGAAUCCACAUGCCUCGAGGCGAG